UCCUUUAAUGGCGUCUAAUGUAUACUCAUCUGCUUUUAUUUUAGAGCAUAAUUUUAUGUUUCGGAGAUAAUUUACAAAUUAAAUUAUCUCAGUGUGCUUUAGAUUAUUAAAAAUAUAUUAUUUACGCCUUAAAUUGACGUAAUAAUUAAGAAUAUUUAUCAGUACAUCGAAAAACUUUCGUGUCUCUGUGUUAUAAAGAAAAGUUGAAUUUUCUAUAUUAAAAAAAAGUUAAAUAAAGUUCUCUCUGAUAUUUAUGAUAUUUUCUCUAUCAUAUUCAAUAGAAAUUUUUUAAUUACACAAAAAAGGAAAAUUUCCAAUUGUAAUAAUGGCAUUGGCAAGGAAAGCGAGUCAUUCUGGAAGUUGGUAUACAGAAAAUGGUGCUGAAUUAAAUAGACAAUUGGAAGGCUGGCUGAGUGCAGCUGAUUUGAGUCAUGGACCUGCCAGGGCGAUAAUUGCUCCGCAUGCGGGUUAUAGUUACUGUGGAAGCUGUGCGGGAUUUGCGUAUCGACAAAUAAGUCCGGCAGUUGUUCGAAAAAUAUUUAUCCUAGGGCCUUCGCAUCAUGUGAGAUUAUCAGGAUGUGCUCUCUCCUCAGCUUCUACUUAUCAGACUCCUUUGUAUGACCUGCGUAUCGAUCAAAACGUUUACAAAGAACUAGCAGAAACGGGUCAUUUUCAAUGGAUGGAUAUUAAUACAGACGAAGAUGAACACAGUAUUGAAAUGCAUUUACCGUAUAUAGCCAAAGUUAUGGAAAAUUUUAGAGACUCGUUUACCAUAAUUCCAAUUUUAGUUGGAUCCUUAAGUCCUGAUAAAGAAGCGAUGUAUGGUAAAUUAUUGGCACCAUAUCUGGUAGAUCCACAAAAUUUAUUCAUCAUAUCUUCCGAUUUUUGUCAUUGGGGACAAAGAUUUCAUUACACAUAUUACGAUCAAACUUGCGGUGCAAUUCAUAAAUCUAUUCGUAAUCUCGAUAAAAUGGGGAUGGAUUUAAUUGAGAAUUUAAAUCCAGCAGCUUUCACUGAGUACCUUAAAAGUUACGGAAAUACUAUUUGCGGUAGGCAUCCAAUUGGUGUAUUGCUGCAGAUUAUACAAUGCGUACAAAGUCGUUCAAAUGGUCAGAGGAUGAAUUUGAAAUUUUUGAAGUAUGCUCAAAGUAGUGAAUGUAAUUAUAUGCAUGACAGUUCUGUCAGCUACGCGAGUGCAUCAUUGGUUGUUGAGUGAUAAAAUUUUCUUUUACACUUUUUCGUUCUGAAUAUAGAGCAAUCGAAACUUUAAUUACAAAAAAAAAAAUGAAUUAAUUAACACACACAUUAUACACACAAAAAAAAUAUUUACCGUCUUUAAAAUACUUGCAUUUACACAAAA